GAGAUUAGAAAGUCUUCUAUUAGAAAUUAGAAACUAUUCUGUAAAGUGAGGGAAUGCUUUCAAAGUUGGCAUCUGGUUCUGAGGCACCAGUGAAAGGCUCUCUCCCUCUUGAACGCAUGUACAUGAAGGAAGCUCUCCUGACAGAUGAAGCCCUUGGUUGUGCGAGUUGCUUAAUUUCCAAGACAUGAAAAGCACUUGUGCUUACCCAAAUCAGUGUUUUCAGGGCUUCAAGGAUCAUGUUCUUAUACUGGCUUUUUUGAUUUUUUUCCUCUGUAGUGUGGCCAAGCCUCCAACCAGGAACAAGCCCUUAUUUUCUUUAGUUAUUUUUGUUAGAUUUUGGCUUAGUUGAACCUGACAGAACUGCAGUUUCAUGAGAAUGUUUGACUCCUGUUGUGCUCAGAGAUCUCAAAACAAAAACCUUUCCUUGGAUGGGAUGGUGAAUUGCCUGCUUCUACCUCCAGGAGGCAAAGAUUGCCAAUUCCCCCCACUCCCCCAGAAUUUAACAAACCUAAUUUGAUUUCAUAUAUCUUAUUUGGGGUUGUGGUUGUUCUAUUUCCUUUUAUUCCUCCCCUUUUUUCCUUUUUAUUGCUUUCAUUUGAACUUCUUUUGUGGAUUUAUUUCAUCUUGAAAUCCAGCCACCAGGAUGAGGCAGCAUUCCAGCUCUGAUCCCAGCAGUGCUGGCGCACAGGGAUUACUGUGCGUGCCUUACAUAAGGCAGUCCUGUUUACAGACACAGGGAUUUUGGUUUUACCAGCAGUACAAUGUUGUUGGAUUGUGUUCAGUGUGACUCACUGUAACCUCAGCUCUUUAUUUCUGCACAGCUGCCUCUCAGGGACCAGGUUAAAGGCAAUUGGCAAAAACAGGGUUUUUCUAAAUCUGCAGAGCAUACCCAAUUUUGGGGAUGAGAUAUCCCCUACCAGGGAGGAGCAUGGCUGUUUCUGGCAGCUUGGGUGAGCUGCUGCUGCUGCCUUACCUCAAAGGCAGGGAGUUCUCCUCAUCAGAGCCAGCUCCUGGUUUGCCUUGUUGUAUGUCUUCUCUCCAUUUCUUGCAUUUGCUGUUUGUUCUGUGUCUUCUCUUUGCUGGGUGAAUGUUGAAAACGUGCUGGUGUGCUUUGCUGUUUGCAAGUGGCUCUUGUAAAAGUCAUGAUUGGUCUGAACAGUUGAAAGGGAAAGGAGUCAGGCUGGCCUGCUGCCCUUCCCAAGGAGGAUUUUUUGUGCUUUUGGGUUGUUGAUAUCCACACAUUCACUGUUGGGAUGUACCACAGCAGAUACAGAAAUGGAAGCAUGUGUAUUUCUUUAAUGAAAUAAAGAGCAAAAACAUCUAAGAUGGGAUGGGAGAGCCUUUUGGGCUUGGACAGUCUUUCAAGUGCUCAGAAAGCUUCUGAAGGCAGCUGAGAGGGGCCUCCUGAACCCAUCCACAUAAACUGGUUUAGGUGCCCUGUUCAGGUGAAACUUUGCUGUAUUUAUAGAGAGUAUGAAUGUAAGUUUUCACAAUGGCUCUAGCCAAAACAGCACAGGCCCAUGGGGCUUCUGGUUGCCUUCCCCAUCUCUGUAUCAGCACAUUCAAUUUGAAAGGCUUCGUCAGGUUAAAGGAUGGUUACCAGGAAUUCUCUCUGGGCAAGGCAGAUUUGCAAUUCUGAUGGUCUCCCGGGUGCCGGGCCCGGGACAGAGGGGCCCAGAGCUGCCAUGACGACAGGGGACUGCUGCCACCUCCCUGGCUCCCUGUGCGACUGUCCGGGAAGCGCUGCCCUCUCCAAGUCGGUGGAGGAGUCGGACCUCGGGCGCCCGCAGUACAUCACCCAGGUCACGGCCAAGGACGGGCGCCUCCUCUCCACGGUGAUCAAGGCGCUGGGCACCCAGAGUGAUGGUCCCAUCUGUCGAAUCUGUCAUGAAGGUGGAAAUGGGGAGGGACUGCUUUCCCCAUGUGACUGCACAGGAACACUGGGCACCGUGCACAAGAGCUGCCUGGAAAAAUGGUUAUCCUCCUCCAACACAAGUUACUGUGAGCUCUGCCACACAGAAUUUGUUGUAGAAAGAAGACCAAGACCCUUGACAGAGUGGCUGAAGGACCCCGGGCCCCGCAAUGAGAAGAGGACGCUGUUCUGUGACAUGGUGUGUUUCCUGUUCAUCACUCCCCUGGCGGCCAUCUCGGGCUGGCUGUGUCUGCGCGGGGCCCAGGACCACUUGCAGUUCAACAGCCGGCUGGAGGCCAUCGGACUCAUAGCACUCACUAUAGCACUUUUCACCAUCUACGUCCUCUGGACACUGGUCUCGUUCCGCUACCACUGCCAGCUGUACUCGGAGUGGCGAAGGACCAACCAGAAAGUCCGCCUGAUGAUCCCUGCCUCGCGGAGCCCCCAGCCCCUGCCCCACUCCCUCCUCUCCGCCAAGCUCAUGAAGAAGGCGGCGGAUGAGACCACGGUCUGAGCCGUGCCGCGGCCGGCCAGGGUGGCCCAGGGACCCUGGCAGCUGUGGGGGCACUGGAAAACAAUCAUCCCACCCAAAGGGACUCUGUGCUCAGCACGUGCUUUAGACCUUGGCAAAGAGACACAUAAUCAGCAUCUGUGGGUGAAAUGGCCCAAAAGAGCCUGAUGGCAGAAAAUGCCUGUCUGCAGGGACACUUUCCUAUAACGAAAUACCAUACAUGGAAAACAUCUCCCUCUAUAUAUAUAUCUAUAUAUAAUAUUUUUUAAUGGCCAUGCAUAUUGUGUUUCAAUCCUUUUGUGUUGAUGUUCUAAGCUUCAGGAUAGAAGCUGGCAACCUGAUCUCAUUCAGAGGUUAAAUCAAUGCCUUUUCUCCAAAUGAUCAUAUGAGGAACACUUUUCAUCAACCAUUCUUGAAAGUCCCCUUAUCCUUUGCACUAAAUUGGUUUUGAUAUACUGCAGCAGCCUUCCCGUUACUCUUUGGUCUUUUUUGUGGUGUUCUGUCCUUUCUAGAAAGCUGAGUGUUUUUAAUAAUUAUUAUAAUCCCAGAAGGAGUAAAAUGACAUAAUACUGAAUGGAGACAUUUUGUAUUGUAAAGUACUGUAAUUUUGAGAAUUUCAAAAUCAGUUUCAGAAUGAGAGAAUCUUUUCCGGUGCAGACAUGAUCUCACAAAAUGCUUUCCUUGAGAUCCUGGCUUAUCCCCAGGACUCGGAUGCACUCAGCCCUUGGUCUGUCUGGCAAAGGUAGAUGGAGGAUCCGAGGGUGGGAAGAGAUGGCUCUGUACUAGCUAAACCCACCAUUGCCUUUUGCUUUGAAAAGAUUGAGAAAGGAGCUUUCCUGACCCCAGAAGGUGGGAGUUGGAGUUUCUGUUUGCUGAUGUCCUUUUGCCAGCUUGAGGCUGGACCUCCUGUAGCAUCAGUUUCACAUGUACCUUAGGGGACAGGCCAUGCCCUGGCAGGACGCAGGUGCUCUUGGCUGUCUCUGCACUUUAUUUGCACAUUCCAGAGGAGCUGCUGGGAUUGGGUUCAUCCCUGGUAGUGCUGCCUGCCUGUUGUGUCCUCUAAUGAAACACCAACCCAGUGUGUUGGUCCCAAAGAACAGGCUCUGGGUCCCUUGUCCUGUGGGGCCGGUGUUCCUCCUUCUCCUGCUCCUUUCACCUGUGUUUCCAGUACAUGCAGCUCUCAAAGCCCUCUGUCUGACAAUGCCCCCUUUGCCAAGAGUCUCCCUGGUUUGGCUUUGGUCCUUGCCUCUGCCACGUCACCCUGCCAGACAGUGCCUGGUGCUGAGCUUUCCUGAGUGGCACAGGCUGUGAGGACACUGGUGGUGCUGCUGCCCUGCCAGGGCUCCAGAGCUGUGUGCAGCUGCUUUGCUGGAGCCUGGGCUCUGGCUCCAUGGUGGUGAGGGUAGAGAGCAGGCAAGAGGCAGGCUCCGAGAGGCCUGUGUCCUUGCAGUGCAUGGUGGUGGUCGUGCACUUAUCCCUCUGCCCCUUUGCUGAAAGCAAGUGGGUCAGUGCAAUGCCCUGUGAGAUGGAGAUCUGUAAUUUCCUGAAUUCAAAGCACCAUGAAUUCAAGUGCACCUCCUCCUCCUCCUCUUCCUCCUCCUCCUCCUCCUCUCUGUCUGCAAAGCAGGAUGUGUUUCCUUGUGUGUUCCCUCAGCCUGAGCUGGUAGUUGCUGAACAGCAGGGACCAGUGUGCUGUCUUGCCCAACAGGAUUGCUCCAGCCCUUGGCCCUGGUGUCUGCUCUCCUCUGUUCCCCCUCCCAGGUGCAGCUUGGGGAUACCCUGACACAUCUUGCAGCAGCCUCUCUGUGCCCUGAGGGCUGCUCUGAACUGGUCUCUGUUCAAGCGUGAGGGGCUGGUGUGACUGUGGGGUGAAUGUCCUCUGCUGCAGCCAGGCUGCACAUCUCUGCUCCCCUCUCUCGGCCAGCCCCCCAACUGUCCCUUCCCUUCUUCCACAUACCUGGGGUGUCUGCCCUUUUCCCAGUCAUGCACUCAUGCAGGGAUUACUCUGCUUCUGGUACUCUUGGUGGAGAGGCUGCUGCAGCCCAGCUCCAGUCACAGUCCCUGCUCCAGUCCCAUCCCAUUCCCAUGCAGGUGCUCCCCACCCUGCACACCCUUCCAUAGCAGCAGGCUCUGCACCACUGCUCUGUGCCUUGUCCUGAGUGCCCAUUCCUUCAGCCCCUUCCCAACAAACCCCCUGUCACCAGGACAUCACCAGUGAAGAAAAAUGGAGGGGUGGUUUAACCUUCCCAGCCCUGGCUGCCUCCCAGGAGCUUGGCCCCACAAGGCACCGAGUUCUGCAGAUGAGGGAUGCUCUCUCCCAUUGCAUGUCCCCAGGGUAAGGACUUCAUGGAGCCAAUGUUCCAGUUAAGAAACCCACCAUCAAUCCAAAUAUGCAACUGUGAAAGCCAGAAGCCCUUGGCUGGGGCAGUGGGGGCCCAGUCCUGUCUGUGGCCAUGGCUGCACUCAGCAUCCUUGGCUUUGCUGUCAUUGCCAGAAAUGGGAACUGUUGCAUGUGCCCCCACAAGACCCAGUAGUGACUCUUUGAGUCUUGUCCUCCUUCCCAGAGGUGUUCAGCUCGUGGAUGUGGGCAAUUGGUGUCUGACCCACCACGUUCCAGUGCGUUCUGGGGAAAUGGGCUGUGCAAUGAUGUAAAUAAAAGUGAGACAAACUU